GUGUUUUGAUGACGUUACAGGAGCAUUGGGCCAACCUACCUGUGUAAGCAGAGGGGGCGGGGCUGUGUGGAUACAGGAAGAGAGAGAUGAGCAGUGCAGCGCUACAGCCUAGGAUGCUGGACAGUCCAUUGCCUGGAACUUCUAAAGGUGCACAGUCCAGCACUUCCUAUACCUCUUACCCCAGUGGAAGGCCAUUCAUAAAUUCUGAUUUCCAGAGGUCUCUAGACAAACCAGUUCACGCCUAUCCAGAGAGCAAUGGCAAAGCCAUAAUCUCUGCUUUAAAGAAUCUUCAGGAAAAGCUCCGCCAGCUGGAACUGGAUCGGCUGAAGGCCGAGCAGAAUAUAAAGCAACUGGCGAAGGAGUCUUCAGAUUAUAGGCAGCAGCUGGAUGAUCAGAGGGAGUCUAAGGACAACCAUGUGGACGAUGUGUCUAGAAAGAAUAGAGAUCUCACCAGACAGCUGUUGGCUGCACAGUCCCGGUGCAGCCUUUUGGAAAAGCAUCUGGAGUACAUGAAGAAGACGGCAUGGAAUGCUGAGAGUGAAAGGAACUCUGUGCUCCAGAGACAGGUGACCCUUGAAAGUGACAAAGCACUUGAGAAAAUUAAUUUGCGAGAAAAGCUCGAUAAACUGGAACAAGAAUACAUGAAGCUAACUACAAUACAAGUUGUGUCAGAGAAUAAAAUUCGUGACAUUGAACAGAAGCUCAGAGAAGAGGAAGGCCAGCGGAAACGGAUUGAGGAGAAAGCAACGCAGUUGCAAUCGAGUAUGGAAACCAACAGAAUUCUCUUCAAAUCUUUAACAUCCCUCACAAAAGAUGGAAAGGGCACAAAACCCACAUCUGAUCCCGAGAAGAGGGCCAGCUCAUUAAGCCAUAGAGGACACACACAGCCCCACUACAGGCUAAGCCUUGGAGAUGUUCCAUUCGUGGCAGGCACGUCCACAGCUCCAAGCCAUUCAGUGGGGGCCAAUGUGCAACAUGUUCUACAUCUCAUGAAACAGCACAAUAAGGUCCUGUGCAAUGAUCGUGUGGUCAGUGACCAGCCUAUAGACGGGAAACAGUACGGAGUGAGGUGGAAGAAUGAUCCAGAUUCCAAAGUCUAUCAGGACCUUUCGGAAAUUCUACUCACUCUGGAGGAUGAGUUUGGCCAGAUGAGCUUUGAUCAUCAGGAGCUGCUGAAGCAGAUACAUAAAGCACAUUCUGACCGCCUUAAAAUGGAUCUUGAAUUUGAAUUGGCAACUCUAGUGAGAAGAAUGGAAACAAAAGCUGACCAGAUAACCAAAGUACGCAAACACCAAGCAAGGCUUGUAAAACUACUGAGGGAAUCGAGACCGAAAAGAGAGCCAUUGGCCCAGGACUCGAAGUCUCCCCACCGCCGGCAGGAUAAACCAGCAGCAAAGAUCCGUCAGGGCAGAGGCAGCCCAGGAGAGAAAAGCAAGAAGAACCUCCAGCUACUCCGAGACAUGCAGACUAUACAGAGUUCCCUGCAAAGGGAAGACGUGCACUGGAGCUAACUGACUCCCUGCCAACCUGUGACAUCUCAGGGACCUGCUCUACCAGACACACAUGGCUGCCUUUAUUUCAUAUCUAGUGACGGGUGUCAUGGUGCUGUUCACCAAGUGUCUGUCCAGCCACUUUGUCUGGGUUAUGGGCACAGUUUAGACUCUUCCCGCCUUUAGGG